UUUUCGUCUUGGCCCUCGGUAGUUGCCGUAGUGACAUAUAAAUGUGUUUUCAACCGGAAGUCCCGCCCCUUUUUCAUCCCCUCUCUGGCCGACUGACGUCCAGUCCGCUGACACGGCAGCAUGCCUCGCAAGAUAGAAGAAAUCAAAGAUUUCCUGCUGACAGCCAGGAGGAAGGAUGCCAAGUCCGUAAAGAUCAAGAAGAACAAGGACAAUGUUAAGUUCAAGGUGCGCUGCAGCAGGUACCUGUACACCCUGGUCAUCACAGACAAGGAGAAGGCUGAGAAGCUCAAACAGUCCCUGCCCCCAGGUCUGGCUGUGAAGGAGCUGAAGUAAAUCCGUGAUGUACAGAUAAUUGUAAUAAAAACUGGGGGAAAAAAAUCA